AUGGAGAAUAGCACGUUUGGGGUGUGGAAUGAUAUUCGUCAAGUUCAAGAUCAGGUUGAUUGGGAUCGUAUAGUGUGGUUUCUUCAGGCUAUCCCUCGGCAUUCUUUUCUUAUGUGGCUCAUAGUUUGCAAGAAACUCAAAACCCAGGAUAUCAUGUGCAAAUGGCGUGCGUCGGGGCCGGACUCUCACGAUCACCUCUUUUUUGAGUGCGAUUUUGCAUCUCAAGUCUGGUAUGGGGUUCGUGAGAAGGCGGGUAUGCAAAUAAUAGGGAAGAGGUGGGACGGGAUUAUGGAUUAUCUAAUUCAACAUGCGGAUUCAAAACGUGCCACUCACAUCAUUGGUAAAUUAGUGGUGGCGGCGUCGGCUUACUUUAUUUGGCAAGAACGUAAUAACAGAUUGUUCUCGUCUAAUAAAAGGAACGUGGCUCAAGUUAUCGAGGUGGUUCUUAUGAUUGUUAGAAUGAAAUUACAUACAAUGAAGUUUCGAAGAACAAGUAACAUGAAUUAA